GAUUGCAUUCUGAUUGUUUAGGAUAACUUUAUGCUGACUAGAAAAGCUUAUGAGGAAAACCCACAAAAUAUAACUACGGCAAGGUUCCCGGCAACAGCAUAUGACAAGGCUUCUGAAGCUUGGACUGCAUCAUCACUGAGCUCAUUGGAGCUUAAAAGGUUGGUUGCUUAUGCUUGAAGCAGUGCAAACUUGUUGACAAAACUCAUUCUGGAAAAUCAAAGUGAUGCCUACAGAUGGGAGGUGUAUGCACCUGUCAAUUGUUGUUACUGCACUACCGAUAUUUUGGCUGAUAUAUGCCUCUAUACUUAUGGAUCAUCUAGACCUAACUUUUGGAUUGCAGUGCCUUUUCCAAACUCCUCUGAACAACUAUGAUGCUGUAAUUCUUCUCCACAGGGACAGAUUACCUCACCCUCAACGUCUUCUCUUCCCAUCCGAAUUGAACCAAGGGAGGCAUGGGCUCAAAGCUAAGCUGCUAGUAAAGUUCAAUCCACUGAUGUGCCUUGUGGGGGAUGUCGAGGCAGAGUUCUCUGGCACAAUGAAGUGGUGGUAUGAUUAUCUAGGAGGCGAUGCAAUUGGUCUUACAUGGGAGCGAUCAAGAAGAAAAGAGAACACCGGAAAACAGAGCGGGAAAAUAAAUACCCAGAAGACGAGUUAAAAACCAUUGGUGAACUUGGGAAAGGGUUUGUGGGAGAUAUCUAUUUGCUCAAAGCUCCAAGGAGCACGAAUUAAUUUUUUUUUUUUCCUUGAGACUUACAAUUAGCAAAUUGCCAAAAUUAUGUUGUAAUUUACCCCUUUUCCCCCCAUUUUUGAUGUCCCUUAGGCGAACAAAUCAGGGGAUUAAAUGUUGUAAAUUGCUACAUAUAUAUUUGUGUAUGUAAAUAUAAGAAAUGAAUUAUUAAUUU